AUGGCAGAGGAGAAACGACCAACGCGCAUUGAGACGGACGCCAUGGGCUCCAUGGAGGUACCAUCUGAUAAGUACUGGGGUGCUCAGACGCAACGCUCGUUUCAGAAUUUCCGCAUUAAUCAGGAUCGUGACCGCAUGCCAAGUACCGUGAUCCGUGCCUUUGGGAUUCUCAAGGGUGCUGCAGCGAAAGUGAACGUGGAUUAUAAGGUCCUGGGUGAGUUAGGAAUGAAUGCUUCUUCCUCUCUUUACGUGCCGGGAAAGCUAAACAAAGAUGUCGACAUAGAUCCGAAGCUUGGGCAGGCAAUCCAGCAAGCAGCCAAGGAAGUGGCGUCGUUGGAACUGAUAGACCACUUCCCCCUGGUGGUAUGGCAGACCGGGUCCGGCACGCAGACCAACAUGAACACCAACGAAGUGAUAUCAAAUAGAGCCAAUGAGAUACUUGGCCAGCCGCUUGGCCAGAAAAGCCCGGUCCACCCCAACGACCACGUGAACAUGUCCGGCUCCUCAAAUGACGGCAUGGCAACUGCGAUGCACAUCGCGGCGGUAUUGGAUGUGGAAGACCUGUUGCUUCCGGCCUUGAUGAGUCUUCGAGAUGCCAUGAGGAAGAAGAGCGAGCAAUUCGCCCACAUCAUCAAGAUUGGCCGGACCCACCUCCAAGAUGCGGUGCCUCUCUCCCUAGGACAGGAGUUCUCUGGUUUCGAGAAACAACUCGACUUAGGAAUUGAGCGAGUGCAUCAAGGUCUUGAGGGUCUCCGUUUCCUGGCCAUGGGGGGCACGGCGGUUGGGACAGGCUUAAAUACGUAUAAAGGAUUCCACGAAGCCUUCGCCGCUGAAGUAAGUCGAGUCACGGGCAAACGCUUCUUCACAGCACCGAACAGGUUCGAGGCCAUUUCGGCAAAUGACGCCAUCGUAUAUGCCUCCGGCGCUCUCAACACGCUGGCCUGCUCCCUGUUCAAGAUCGCCCAGGAUAUCCGCUUUGAAGGUAGCGGACCACGGUGUGGCCUGGGGGAGCUUCUCCUACCCGAGAAUGAACCAGGGUCGUCUUUCAUGCCAGGAAAGGUGAAUCCAACACAGUGUGAAGCAAUGACCAUGGUCUGCGCGAAAGUGGUGGGAAACCAUGCCGCCAUCACCCUCGGGGGUUUGAACGGACAGUUUCAAUUGAACGCUUUCAAGCCACUCUUGAUCUCGGAUUUCUUGCACUCGGUGCGCAUUUUGAGCGAUGCUAUGCGGAGCUUCGAAAAAAAUCUCCUGGAGGGACUCCGCGCAGAUGAGAAGCGCAUCAAUUUCCUCCUAAACCAGAGCCUCAUGCUCGUGACGUGCCUCAGCGGCAGACUGGGCUAUGACUUGGCCUCAAAGGUUGCAAAACAUGCCUAUAAGAACGACCUCACAUUGAAAGAAAGCGCGGUGGAGCUCAACGCUCUAAGUGCAGAGGAAUUCGAUCGUCUCUGUGUGGAGCUUGUCGUCGCUGUCGCAGAGCUCACCCAAACUGCGUCUAUCCUGAUAGAGGCUCAUCCGGCAUCUCUGCCGAAGAACCGGAUCCGGCAACUGGAGGCCACACAAGGAGAUGAUUCACGACACGAUUCACGACAAGGGAAUGCCGACCAGAUCCUGAGCCAAGCAUUACCCGUCAUCGAUGCAUACCAGCCGUCGCCCUCAGACGUGGAAGUUCACUCAAAUGCAGAAAACAGUCCAAGGCAGGAAAUUGUGUUGUCCCCGCCUCUGACUGCGCCUGUUGAGCAAGAUCAUGUUGACUACGAAUCAAGCCCUUUCACGGGGCGGGUCGAGGGUAUCGAUGGCAUGGGGAACAUCGGGACGACAGAAAACAGCUACUCUGAAGAGACAUCCAGCGCCGCCAGUUUCAUGAAACAGGUAAAGAGUGCUAUGGCUGCCAGAUUAACUUCCUCUGUGCCGCGGGCGCUGGGAACGUCAUUUUACAAUGCCCCUCCCGUCUUCCAUCUCGAUACCCGAUCCAGUCCGCAUGAGCAAUCGAUUGCUGAGCUGUUCGUGCUGCCACCCCGCCGGGUUGCAGACGAUAUGAUGGAAAAGUACUGGAACGAAGUCUACCUCCUCUACCCCUUUCUCAUGCGGGAGCGGUUCAUGCCGGCCUAUCGAAAGAUCUGGACUGGUGAAGACCGAGAGACCGACCAGCGAUUGCUGUACUGUAUUUUGAACCUAAUCUUUGCGAUCUGUUGCCAGAUCAGCAAGAGGCAAUCCCCAUGCGAGAAAGCCGCCGCCGCCGAGGUGUUCUACAAGCGAGCUUUACAUCUGAUUCAGAUCAAUCUAAUAAGUGGCGGUUCCCUUGAGCUUGUCCAGGCCCUUCUCCUCAUGGGUCAGUAUCUGCAGAGCACCGAAUGGCCGCAUCGGUGUUGGGUGGCCAUUGGCCUAGCUAUACGCAUCAGUCAAGGAUCUGGCCUCCACCUUCGCCGGACAACGACGAAUGUGGCGCAGAUCGACCGAGAGCUAGCGCGUCGGGCGUGGCAUGGGUGCAUCUUCAUGGACCGGAUGGUAUCGAUGACCCUGGGCCGUCCGAUGAUGAUAUCUCGAAUGGACGCGUCGGUGGUGCCUUUCCCGGAAGCCAUCGACGACCGAUUCCUGUCUCAGGAGCUGGGACAAGAUGGAUCACAGCCUCCGGGCCAAGUUUCGAUUGUCGAGUUCUACGUUCAAUCAUUGAAACUCUACAUCAUCACCGAGGAAACAUUGUCGGCCAUGUACCCGCACGAAGACGUCGCCUCCUCGCCGACCCGCCCGGCUUCUGCUCUAGAGAAGCUCGCAAGCCUCGACUUCAACACGAUUUUGAGAAUCGACUCGGCCAUCACCAAGUGGUACGACGCCGUCCCAGAGGCGCUCAAGAUCGAUGAUGCUUCUUCGCGGCCCUCCCAGGAUGCCGCCCAUUCCAGACAGGCCAAUAUACUGCGUCUCCGCUGUCUACAGGUCCAGAUCCUCUUGUUCCGCCCGAUCCUGUCGCUCCUGCUGGCUCACGAGAUUAGAAACAAGGCAAUUUGUCUUCCGACGCCAGAAUUGUGGCUGCCGCUCUCGAUGGGGCUGAUUUGCGCCAGAAAAUGCAUCUUCAGCGCUCUCGAAGUUAUCAAGAUCAUCUACGAGAAGCAGAUUGAUCCAAAGCCGGCGGAUGUUGAGCUCCUUCCUGCAUGGUGGUUCCAGAUCUUUUUCAUCUACACUGCCGCCACAGCUCUCAUACCGGCACGCGUUUACAGUUACAUUCGAGGGGAUAUCUCGCAACCCUCGCUAACCGAAGCCUGGCAGCGCUCACUCGAAGUCCUCCGACGGCUCUCCCCAUUGAGUCCGACGGCAACGCGGUGUAUGGCUGCACUCGAGCUCCUGGACGAAGAAGUGGUUGCAGACGAGAUGCCCGACCACCCCAAUCCGAUGCCGAACAACAGCGACAAGCAUGAUAGAUGUGCAUCACUCAUCCCACCCCGUCCCUUUGAUCUUCCAGUUAGCCAGCUACAUGGGAACAUCACGACGCAACGUGAUGCAUGCAACAACGCUAUCAGCACACAAAAUGAUGGUAACACAAUAGAUGGUAACACAAUAGCCGCACCAACAUGGAAUGGUCACAUUCCUCCGCACCCACAACCAGAGAUCGGCGUUUCUUUCCGGAUGGAACAGCAGCAACAGCAAUACAACCCACUAGGUGAUUCAUUCGGGCGAAUGUUACAGAUGCAGGAUUUCACUUGGCUAGAUUCCCUCCCGGCAGAUCUCUUAGCUGGAGGCUACGAGGACUUGCCAGAGCUUUUUCCCCCGGCAUGA